CACCGAAACUACCUUUUCCCCUCUGUCCCUUUUAUAAAGACUUCUUCCCUUUGCUUGGAUCUCAGUGUAAACUCUCCAUUUCAAACCGAGAUCGGCUUCAAAUCUGAACUACCACAAAUAAGGCCUCACCUUGAAACAUAAAGCGUCACUAUCUCCAACAAUUAGUAGUAGAAUAAUCCCCUUGAACAUAAAAGCCCAGUCCACCAAACUCCCAUCCAAAAGGAAAAGAGACCAAGAAACCAAGAAAGAGAUAUAAAAACCACGAAGAAAGACACCAUGGACACCAAAUCCCACCCCAUAACCCCACGCAUCAUCAUCCACGGCGGUGCAGGCAACAUAACCCGCUCGACCAUCACGCCCUCCCAAUACGCCGCCUACCACUCCUCCCUCCUCCGGAUCCUCUCCUCCGCCAACGCCCUGUUAUCCAAACCCGGUGCCACAGCCCUCGACGUCGCAACCCAUGCCGUCUCCCUCCUCGAAGACGACCCCUUGUACAACUCCGGCAAGGGCGCCGUCUUCACGCGCGCCGGAACCAACGAACUCGAAUGCAGCAUCAUGGUGUCCAACGGGUACCGCAAGCGGGGUGUCGGCUGCAUGAUGCUGUCGCAUGUCAAGAACCCGAUCAAGUUGGCGCGAGAGGUGCUGGUUCGUGGGGAGGAGGCGGACGGCGGCGGGGCGAAGGACCACUGCCAGUAUGCUGGCGAAUUCAUCGAGCGACGCGCACGGGAAUGGGGGUUGGAGAUGGUGGAUCCGGCGUACUAUUUCACGCAGAAGAAGUGGGAUGAGCAUAAGCGGGGGUUGGAAGAGGAGGAGAAGAAAACGUCGAAGUCGAAGACGAUGGAGGUGGACGAACUCAGCGAUUGGGAGAGACAGAACUACAUCCCCCUCGGGACCUGCGGCGCCGUCGUGCUCGACAGCUUCGGCACAGUCUGCACCGCGACGUCGACAGGCGGCCUCACGAACAAAGUGCCCGGCCGCAUCGGCGACACUCCCACGCUGGGAGCUGGCUACUGGGCUGAAGAGUGGUACGAAGACGCUGCCUCCAGUGCACACAAGAUGCUAUACCAACAACCCUCCACCACCUCUCCCCUGGACAACCUCUCCCGCGGAAACAUCACCACCCUCCUAGCCGACUGUCUCCCCAUCACCACCUCCUCUCCCUCACACCCUCAUCCCAUCCCCCAAAAAGCCCACCCAGUUCGCCACGCCCUCGCCCUCUCCUCCUCCGGCAACGGCGACACCUUCCUCCGCCUCUCUUCCUCCCGCACCGUCGCCGCAAAAUCCCGCUUCGCAUCCCUCCCCCUCAGCACCACUCUCCCCUGGAUGGCCGGCCCGAACGGCGAGCUCCAGCGCUCGGCCGGCGACCGAUGGGGCAAAGUACACGAGGGCGUCGGCGGCAUGAUCGGCAUCGAGAUUGUCGGGAGCCGCGGGGAGGUCGUCUGCGACUACAACUGCGGUGGCAUGUUUCGCGCGUGGACGGACGAGGAGGGCGGGGAGAGGUGCUUGAUUUUCAGGGAGGAUGGGUGGGGAAGUGGGCCGGAGUGAGUGAAAUCGACGAGUUGUUUGUCCAUGGCUGGGGAUGGAAGAUACUAGAUUGGUAGGCAUGGUAUAUAAGACAAGACAUGUAUGUAUGAAUGGAUAGAAACAUCUCCAUAGGGAUGGGCGAGUGA